AUAUUUGUGGUAGAGAAAGAAGGAUGGGUGCCAUAAAGAACUCUUCUCAGUUCAGUCUACUAGAAAGCCAUCACAGUGACUCAAGUACUGCAAUUCCAGUUAAACUCAUUACCGCUACCGUGUGCUUCGAAAAGAAAGAACAAGCAUGGUUUGUGACUUCUAAAGUUCCAACAGAUCUGACAAUUCAAGUAGGAGACAUCACCUUUUAUGCCCACAAGCAUCCAUUGACUUCAAGAAGUGGAUAUUUCAAUCGAAUUGAUCUGGAGAAGCCUUUAAAAUUCGGUAAUGAUGUCAAGCUUAACAACUUCCCUGGUGGAUCAGAGACAUUUGAGAACGUUCUAAAAUUUUGCUAUGGUCUCCCCGUAGAUCUGACUCCAACAAAUGUAGCUCCACUAAGAUGUGCAUCAGAAUUCCUGGAGAUGACUGAAGAGUUUGAAGAUGGCAACCUCAUCUCCAAGGCUGAGGCUUUCCUCACAUUUAUAGUCCUCUCUUCUUUGAAGAACUCCAUUACUGUCCUCAAAUCUUGUGAGUCUCUCUCUCCAUGGGCUGAGAACCUCCAAAUUAUCAGAAGGUGCUGUGACACCAUUGCCUGGCAAGCCUGUAGGGACAAUUUAGCAAAUGGGGAAUUUACUGAUGACGAAAGAUGGUGGUUUGGUGAGGUAUCGACCCUUCGCAUUGAUCAUUUUGUUAGGAUUAUAACUACAACAAGAGCAAAAGGAGCAAAACCAGAAGUUAUCGGUGCAUGCAUUAUGCAUUAUGCAGAGAAAUGGUUGUGUGGCAUGGGUUUAGGAUUAGAAGACCAUAGUCAGGGAUCUGGAAAGCAUGAGCUGCAAUUGUGUAUUCUGAGUGGAAAGAGACAGGAAAGAAGCCCAGGCUACAACAAGGAGCAGAGGGUGUUAAUAGAGAGCUUAAUAAGCAUUCUUCCACAAGAGAAGGAAGCUGUCUCAUGUAAGUUCCUGUUACAAAUGCUAAAGAUGGCAACAGUAUAUUCAGCCACUCCAGCACUAGUGUCAGAGCUCGAGAAGAAGAUAGGGAUGGUGUUGGAGGAUGCCAAUGCAAAUGAUCUUUUAAUUCCAAAGUACAGAGGUGGAGAUGAAGAGAAGCACUCACAAAGUCCUCCAUCUGGAGAAUGCACUAUGCACGACAUUGACUCAGUUCAAAGAAUUGUAGAGUAUUUCCUGAUGCAUGAACAGCAACGGCACCAACAAAACACUGAAAAUUCACCAGUUGGCAAGUUGUUGGACAAUUAUUUGGCAGAGGUUGCCAGAGACCCAAAUCUUACUAUUUCCAAAUUCCAAGUUCUUGCCGAAGCCUUGCCUCCAAGUGCACGAUCAUGUGAUGAUGGUCUUUACAGAGCAAUCGACACCUAUCUCAAGACUCAUCCUUCAAUAACUGAACACGAUCGGUGGAGGUUGUGCAAAUUAAUGGACUGUGCGAAGCUAUCACUCGAUGCAUGCAUGCAUGCAGCACAAAAUGAUCGGUUGCCCCUCAGAACUAUCAUCCAGGUGUUGUUCUCGGAGCAAUUAAAGGUGAGGGAAGCAAUCCAAAAAAAGGAGCCAGUUCCAAAUGAGAUCACUGAACAGGAGAGUCGCUGGACAUCCGCAGAAAAGAAGAUUGAGACCACCAAAGCAGAACUAGAAAUGGUCAAGACAAUGCUGCAAGAGAUGCAAAAAGAUUACUAUGAGCUGCAACAGGAAUGGGAAAAGCUCAACAUCAAGCAAAAGAGUGUAUCUAGUUGGAGUAAUGGAUGGAAGAAGCUCAAGAACUCCACUUUCUUCCAUGGAAAAAUGGACUACAAUGUAACUGGAGAGUCACACCCCAACUGGUUCCAAAGUAAGCCGUCGAAGAAGGCAAUCUAUCUCCUAAAAGUCUCCAACACCAUCUAUCCUAUGCAAAAACAAACCCAGCGGAGAGUCAUAUACAACAGCAGUGUAUCCUCUUCCCAGUUGUAGUUAGUUUCCUCCAAGACCUUAUAGCAAAUCCAUCAGCCUAUGUAUACAAUCAGUUUGCCUAAAUAUUGGGUUUUUGUUAGUUUACUUAAAUAUCAGGCUAUUGUUGGUAGUCUCUCAUGAUAGUUUUAAUGAAGCUUGCAUGUUCAUUCAGUAUGUCCCUUUUUCCCUUAAAUGAUCUUGCUCAUAUACUGUGGAACUCUUAUUUCCUUCCACUUCCUUAAGUAGACAUACAAAGAAGAAACAAGAGUUCAUCAACUUUCUUCAAUAGAAAAAGUCAUAAUUUUCUA